AGAGGCAGCACUGCUCCUUCUCUCACACCAACCGAGUCUCUUGAUCUGUACAUGCAAUCCCAGGCAGCUCGCGAACACAAACCCGGGGCCAGCCGCCUACUGCUGCUGCUGCCGCUGCCGCCGCCGCCGCCACCGCUGCCUCCGCCGGCUCUGCGCACCCGGGACUUUUCAUGCACCACACUCACUGCCUCCUUCCCUCCGUGUCCUGAAAAGUGCGACCGUUCUCCCAAGGAAUUUCCACGGUCUUAGAAGGGGAUGAUUCCCCAGUAAUAUUCCCUGCCCUGAUCCAAGGUGCCACUCGGCCUCCCUCCCAGGGAAGACUGCUUCUCGUGUGACACCAGCCACAGAAAGAGACUCCGAUGGACUUACACCGGGCAGCCUUCAAGAUGGAGAACUCAUCCUACCUCCCCAACCCGCUGGCAUCCCCAGCACUGAUGGUCCUGGCGUCCACGGCUGAGGCCAGCCGCGAUGCUUCCAUCCCUUGUCAGCAGCCACGACCCUUUGGUGUACCUGUCUCAGUAGACAAGGACGUGCAUAUUCCCUUCACCAACGGUUCCUACACCUUUGCCUCUAUGUACCAUCGGCAAGGUGGGGUGCCUGGCACUUUUGCCAAUCGUGAUUUUCCCCCUUCUUUACUGCACCUCCACCCUCAGUUUGCUCCCCCAAAUCUAGAUUGCACCCCAAUCAGUAUGCUGAAUCAUAGUGGAGUGGGGGCUUUCCGUCCCUUCGCUUCCACUGAGGACCGCGAGAGUUACCAGUCAGCCUUUACGCCGGCCAAGCGACUUAAGAACUGCCAUGACACAGAGUCUCCCCACUUGCGCUUCUCAGAUGCAGAUGGCAAGGAAUAUGACUUUGGGACACAGCUGCCAUCUAGCUCUCCCGGUUCACUUAAGGUUGAUGAUACUGGGAAGAAGAUUUUUGCUGUCUCUGGCCUCAUUUCGGAUCGGGAAGCCUCUUCUAGCCCAGAGGAUCGGAAUGACAGAUGUAAGAAAAAGGCAGCAGCAUUGUUUGACAGCCAGGCCCCUAUCUGCCCCAUCUGCCAGGUGCUGCUAAGGCCCAGUGAGUUGCAGGAGCAUAUGGAACAAGAACUGGAACAGCUGGCCCAGCUGCCUGCCAGCAAGAAUUCCCUUCUGAAGGAUGCCAUGGCUCCGGGCACCCCCAAGUCCCUCCUGUUGUCUGCUUCCAUCAAGAGAGAAGGAGAGUCCCCAACAGCGUCCCCACACUCCUGCACUACCGAUGACCUGCACCACUCAGACAGAUACCAGACCUUCCUGCGAGUGCGAGCCAACCGGCAAACCCGACUGAAUGCUCGGAUUGGGAAAAUGAAACGGAGGAAGCAAGAUGAAGGGCAGGUAUGUCCCCUGUGCAACCGCCCCCUGGCAGGAUCGGAGCAGGAGAUGAGUAGGCAUGUGGAGCAUUGCCUUUCGAAGAGGGAAGGCUCCUGCAUGGCCGAGGAUGAUGCUGUGGAUAUCGAGCACGAGAACAGCAACCGCUUUGAGGAAUAUGAGUGGUGCGGGCAGAAGCGGAUCCGGGCCACCACUCUCCUGGAAGGUGGUUUCCGAGGCUCUGGCUUCGUCAUGUGCAGCGGCAAAGAGAAUCCGGACAGCGACGCUGACCUGGAUGUGGAUGGGGAUGACACUCUGGAAUAUGGGAAGCCGCAAUACACAGAGGCUGACGUCAUUCCCUGCACAGGCGAGGAGCCUGGUGAAGCCAAGGAGAGAGAGGCACUCCGGGGCGCAGUUCUAAAUGGCGGCCCUCCCAGCACACGCAUCACACCUGAGUUCUCUAAAUGGGCCAGUGAUGCAGAGAUGCCAUCUACCAGCAACGGUGAGAGCAGCAAGCAGGAGGCCAUGCAGAAGACCUGCAAGAAUAGUGACAUCGAGAAAAUCACCGAAGAUUCAGCUGUGACCACGUUUGAGGCCCUGAAGGCUCGGGUCAGGGAACUUGAACGGCAGCUAUCCCGUGGGGACCGUUACAAAUGCCUCAUCUGUAUGGACUCCUACUCGAUGCCCCUAACGUCCAUCCAGUGUUGGCAUGUGCACUGCGAGGAGUGCUGGCUACGGACCCUGGGUGCCAAGAAGCUCUGCCCUCAGUGCAACACCAUCACAGCGCCCGGAGACCUGCGGAGAAUCUACUUGUGAGCUAGCCGCCCUUGGCGGCCCUUGCUGCGAGCAGCCCCACCUGCCCGCCUCUGUGAUGUGACCCUCCCCCUUGUACAUACUUGCACACAGGUUCCCCAUGUACAUACAUGCGCGCGCACACAUAUUCGUGUGUGCACACAUGUGCGCGCGCACACACACACACACACACACACAGGACUUUGGAGCCAGAGUGGAGGCUGAGGCCCAGGCCCUGCCUGCUGGCUGCUACCAAGCCUGGGACCAUACCUAUUCCAGGUUCUGUUCCCAGGGUGGGGCAAGGAGGUGGAGGUAAGGGGGAGUAGCGGGGCAAGGCUCCUGAGAUCCAGCCCCCAGACGGACAGACGGACAGACAGACAUGCAAACGCCAGACUGAAGCACAUGUAAUAUAGACUGUGUAUGUUUACAAUGUUGUGUAUAAAUGGGACAACUCCUCGCCCUCCACUCCGUUCCCUCCCCUUUGGUUGUAUGAUUUUCUUCUUUUUUUAAGAACACCUGGGAGCAGUGCCCCCUUCAGGGCUGGCUGGGGGCUCGGCCCAUCCACCUCUCAGGGCGCCUGCCUCUCUCCCCAUGGCAUCCCUUUCCCUCUCCUAUGUGCUCGGUGUUCAGUGGUGUAUAUUUCUUCCCCCAGACAUGGGGCACAUGCCCCAACGGACACGAUCCUCUUCUUAGUCUUAGCUCCUGGAGCUCUUUAUAAGGAGUUGGGAGAGGGGGGAGACACAGGAAAUGGGAACCGAGCUGAAGCAGGGGCUGAGAUGGGGGCUGGAUGAGUGUGCUUCUGGCUGCCCAGCCUUCUGCCAAGAACCAUUCCUGGGAUUAGAACUGUUCCCAGGGAAAGUGGUCUCCCCUGCCCCUCCCGUGGGCCCCAUGGUGUGAUGCUGUGUCUGUAUAUUCUAUACAAAGGUACUUGUCCUUUCCCUUUGUAAACUACAUUUGACAUGGAUUAAACCAAUAUAAACAGCU